CGUCCAUAGACAUCACUCUUUGGAAGGAAACCAUGGCAGCCACCAAAACCUCCAAAGAACAGAAAUACGACAGGCAGCUCAGACUGUGGGGUGACCAUGGUCAGGAAACACUGGAGAAUGCACAUGUUUGUCUCAUCAACGCCACAGCAACUGGAACAGAGAUACUGAAGAACCUGGUACUUCCAGGUAUUGGAGCAUUCACCAUAGUUGAUGGACACACAGUUUCUGGGGAAGAUGUUGGAAACAACUUUUUCCUUAGCAAAAACAGUAUCGGAAAGAACAGAGCACAGGCUGCCACUGAGCUGCUACAAGAACUUAACAGUGAUGUCUCUGGAAACUUUGUCGAAGAGAGUCCAGACAAACUUCUGGACAAUGAUCCAGAGUUUUUCCACAGGUUUACCAUCGUCAUCGGUGUCCAUUUGCCAGAAAGCACAUGUUUGAGGCUCGGCUCAGUUCUGUGGAGUGCUUCGGUACCUUUCCUAGUCUGUAAAACCUACGGCCUCAUCGGCUACAUGAGACUAGUGCUGCGGGAGCACACAGUGAUUGAAUCUCACCCAGACAAUGCUUUGGAGGACCUGAGGUUAGACCAGCCUUUUGGCGAAUUUAAGAACCACAUUCAGUCCUAUGACCUUGAUAGCAUGGAGAAGAAGGAUCACAGUCACACACCAUGGGUUAUCAUUCUUGCCAAAUACCUGGAGAAAUGGCUUAGUGAGCAUAACGGUCAGCCACCAAAAAAUUACAAGGAGAAAGAGGCUUUCAGACAGUUUAUUCGGGAAGGGAUCCUGAAGAAUGAGAAUGGUGUCCCAGAGGAUGAAGAAAAUUUUGAGGAAGCUAUUAAGAAUGUCAACACUGCUUUAAAUCCAACCAAGAUUCCUAAUACUGUUGAAGACCUCUUCAAUAGUGAGCAGUGUAACAACAUCACAUCACAGUCUGCGGCCUUUUGGGUGAUGCUCAGAGCCGUCAAGGAGUUUGUUCACAAUGAAGGCAGUGGAAGCCUACCUGUACGGGGAACCAUCCCAGAUAUGAUCGCAGACUCUCAGAAGUUUAUCAGCCUUCAAAAUGUUUACAGGGAAAAGGCCAUGCAGGACGCAUCAGCUGUUUCUAAGCAUGUGGAAUGUCUAAUGCAGUCUGUUGGAAAGCCACCAGAGAGCAUCUCUGAAAAGGACAUCAAACUGCUCUGUAAGAAUGCAUCCUUUCUGAGGGUGGUGCACUGCAGAUCUCUGGCUGAAGAAUAUGGUGUUGAUUCAGUAAAUAAAGAUGAAAUCACCUCAUGCAUGGACAGUCCAGAUAGCGAGAUGGUCUUCUACCUCAUGCUUCGCGCCGUUGAUCGCUUCUAUCAGCAGCACUCCCGUUACCCAGGAGUUUACAACUACCAGGUUGAGGAAGACAUCAGCAAACUGAAGCUCUGUGUAAACAGCCUACUGCAGGAGUACAGCCUCAAUAUCAACAUCAAAGACGACUAUAUACAUGAGUUCUGUCGGUAUGGUGCGGCAGAGCCACACACAGUUGCAGCAUUUUUGGGAGGAUCAGCUGCUCAAGAGGCCAUCAAGAUCAUCAGCCACCAGUUUGUGCCCUUUAGCAACACUUUCAUUUACAACGCAAUGUCACAGACCUCUGCCACCUUUCAUUUGUGAAUUUGGUUACUAAUCCUGGGUUUUCUUACAGAAAUAUCAGAGAAAAUAGGGCAAGAAUGAAAGAUGCAUUUACUGAACCAACUGGCUUUAAUAAAUCUGGAAACUGCACAUGAUGAUUUGAAAGAGGGGAGGAAGAAGAAAGCAUUUUUAUCACUUUUGAAUGGGAUUACUUCAUAAAUGUGUGCACUUAGAAAUAUUUGUCAUGGAGAUCAUAAGUCAGGACUCUUUAGACUAAAUGCUCUGUUGAUCAUAAAGCCUUGCCGUCUUCUCAGAAGUUCCUGAAGGGGAAUAAGUCAGGUAGCACCCACAGAGGAUUUCUUUAAACAUUUUCUUUGGUGUUCAGCAGACAUCAUUAAACAAAGCUGGAAAUGAAACUAGCAAAUUCAAAACAUUCAUGUGUAAUAUUUCCAUUUGUGAAACCCCACAUUUAUGGAUGGUAUAUUACAAUGUAGCACCACUUUGUCUACUUUAAUCACAGCUGUCUCUUUAUUGUAUUGUGUUUGGAACAAGGUGGGAGAUUUUUGGUUAAAAUGAACAAAUGUUGUGUUUUAACUCCCAUGCACUGCUAUAAAAACAUUCAACAUUUUACCUGAAUUUGUUUACUUUUA